GGAAAAAAAAAAACAAAACAAGGAGAAACAUGAUAGCUUCAUCCACCCUGAGUCUCUCGAGCUUGCGAGCCACACCUGCCCCAUCCAACCAAGUCCCUUCCGACCCCGACCCCGAGCCACGAGUUCGGAGACUCAAGGGCAGCGGUAAGCUGAACCGAUGGUCCAGGGCCCGAGCAAUAAGGUCCGGCCGCAAGUUGGACCGGCCGGGCAAUCGUGCCCAGGUGGUGGAAGCGAAGCCUCCGGUUCGACCGAGAGAUGGCCUAUCUCAAGACCUUAUUUCCGUUACCGGAAGUGUCGGAGACGGUGAAGUGGAGAUGAGAGGGGCGAAAUCAAUAUACAUGGUUUCUGACGGAACUGGGUGGACGGUGGAGCAUUCCGUGAACGCGGCGUUGGGGCAGUUUGACCACUGCUUGGUGGACCGGGGAUGUCCUGUAAAUACUCAUUUGUUUUCUGGGAUUGAUGAUGUUGAACGGUUAAUGGAGAUUGUAAAGCAAGCAGCCAAAGAAGGUGCAAUGCUCGUGUACACUUUAGCUGAUCCAUCAAUGGCUGAAUCUGCCAAGCAAGCCUGCAACAUGUGGGGUAUACCCUCCACAGACAUACUUGGCCCAAUCACAGAGGCAAUUGCUUCUCAUCUAGGUGUCUCACCAUCUGGUCUCCCCCGCGGGGCUCCUGGCAGAAGUUUUCCUCUUUCUGAGGAAUAUUUUCGUCGGAUUGAAGCAAUUGAAUUUACCAUAAAGCAAGAUGAUGGGGCGCUACCCCAAAAUCUGUACAAAGCUGACAUUGUUCUUACUGGUGUGUCUCGCACUGGGAAGACACCAUUAUCAAUUUAUUUGGCACAGAAAGGAUACAAAGUGGCCAAUGUGCCUAUUGUAAUGGGUGUAGAAUUACCGAAAGGUCUGUUUGAGGUAGACCCAGAGAAAGUUUUUGGUUUGACAAUAAAUCCUUUAGUGUUGCAAACAAUCAGGAAAGCAAGAGCUAGGAGUCUGGGCUUCAGUGAAGAAACAAGGAGUAACUAUUCGGAGAUGGAGUAUGUUAGGGAGGAACUGGAAGUGGCUGGUAGGAUUUUUGCACAAAACCCUGUCUGGCCAGUAAUUGAAGUGACAGGAAAAGCAAUAGAAGAAACGGCAGCGGUUGUUUUGAGGCUUUACCAUGACAGAAAGCACAGGUGUACAAUGCCAAGAAUCUCAAAACGCUACUAAAGAUUUUAAGUUGUUCCCAAGUAGGUAGGGAUGAGAUGCUGAUAUUGCAGAGUAUAGAAUUCGGCUUAUAUCGAACCUCAGGACAAUGGUUGAAAUGUCUGGAAAAAUAAGUUGCAGAUAGCUAUCUGACAAUUUGUCACCACACCUAGCGGUGAAGUCUCCCUGAAGGGAUUGGUUAUUUGGUUGUCAUAUCCGUAUCUAUAAACUUUUAUAAAUUUGUAUAUAAUAUUCUAAUUUAUUUUUCCUUUCUCUGCUUA